AUGAAUGGAAGUUGCAACAAUACUGAUGGUGCAGCAGUGCCUGAAGAUAUCAUAUGUUUCACUGAUCUGGUUACGGAGAUUUUCGGAAGUUCAAUCGAUCCUGACAGGACAUCCGAGCUAGCCGAAUGUGCGAUUUCAGCACUGAAAACGAUCAUUGAUGACACCAUUGACCACGUUUAUGUAGAAAAAUCCCAAGACGAACCCAUAGACGAAGCAAUAUAUUUGGAGGGGCAGAAUGAUCAUUUGUUCCAGCAAGAAUAUAUAGAUUCCUUGAAUCUAACAGGCAUGCCGCCACACGAACUGCGCCCAAAAAAGGGCACGAUUGUUAUGCUUCUCAGAAAUCUUGACGUAACCAAUGGCCUGUGUAAUGGAACCCGAUUGAAAGUCGAAAAGUUAGGACGCUUUACUCUUGGUUGUUCUUUCAUAUGUGGCGACAAAAGAAGGGAAUUCGCGAUCAUACCACGGAUCGAUAAUUACUGGGAAAGCAGAGUUCCUUUUCGGCUCAGGAGACGGCAGUUCCCUGUGAGGAUUGCAUUCGCAAUGACAAUCAAUAAUGCUCAAGGGCAGUCAUUCAACAAAGUAGGCGUUUAUCUACCUCAAGAUGUUUUCUCACACGGUCAGCUGUACGUUGCUCAAUCUCGUGCCAGAAGUCGUAGCGGAGUAAAAUUAAAUCGACAAAAGCAACAUCUGCAGCUAGAUCGCGUUCUUUCCAUGCACUCAAAAUGUGUUGAGAUGAUCCGCAGGAUAGCAAGGUGUGAAGAUGUUCUCCCAUGCCCACGACAAGUGGUGUCUAUCGGGAGAGAGGGUGCCAUACGAUUUAUUUGCUUGGUCGUAUAUGGUACUACCACAGUUCGCAUUUUGUGCAAAUUAUUUUCUGAGGAACCUUCUCCAGUUGUUGCCAGCUCUGCCCCGUUUGAAUUGAUUGGACAGCCGUUGAGUGAAAGGGACAGGAGUUGA